AACAACAAAACGGGAAUGAAACGCCUCCACUGGCCGAGGAGUGACAUCACAGCUCAUGCGGCGCGUGCAGAACGAGGUAAACGCUGCAGCAUGGAGGGUCGUGACAGUAAGGAGCCUGAGCAGCUCAGGAAGCUGUUUAUCGGUGGUCUCAGCUUUGAGACCACAGAGGAAAGUUUACUCGCUCACUUUGAGCAGUGGGGCAAACUUACAGACUGUGUGGUAAUGAGAGAUCCAGGUAGCAAACGCUCCCGAGGUUUCGGUUUCGUGACGUAUUCGUGUGGAGUCGAGGUCGACGCGGCGAUGGAAGCGCGGCCGCACAAAGUGGACGGUCGUGUGGUGGAGCCCAAACGGGCCGUUUCCAGAGAGGACUCAAAUAAACCCGGAGCUCAUCUGACGGUGAAGAAGAUAUUUGUGGGUGGAAUAAAGGAGGACACAGAGGAGUAUCACAUCAGGGAGUACUUUGAGCGCUAUGGAAAGAUCGAGACCAUCGAUAUAAUGGAGGAGCGCUCGACAGGGAAGAAGAGAGGCUUCUGCUUCGUUACCUUCGACGAUCACGAUACUGUGGAUAAAAUUGUUGCACAAAAAUAUCACACAAUCAACUCCCAUAACUGUGAAGUAAGAAAGGCUCUUCCAAAGCAGGAGAUGCAGGCCGUGUCUGACCAGAGGUAUCGUGGUGGAGAUGGGGGUAACUUCACGGGCAGAGGUGGAAACUUUGGAGGUGGCAACUUUGGCCGAGGGGGGUACGGAGGAGGAGGCCGCGGAGGCUAUGGAGGAGAUGGAUACAACGGAUUUGGUAGUAACUAUGGUGGCAGUCCUGGUUACGGAGGUGGCCGUGUGGGUUAUGGUGAAGGCCCUGGGUACGGUAACCAAGGUGGAGGAGGCUUUGGGGGAUAUGAUAACUACAACGACAGAGGAAACUUUGGAGGUAACUUUGGUGGGGGCAGAGAAGGAAGAGGGGGGAAUUACAAUGAUUUUGGGAAUUAUGGAGGACAACAAUCCAGUUAUGGCCCCAUGAAGGGAAACAACUUUGGAGGAAGAAAUACUUCACCUUACGGAGGUGGAUAUGGAUAUGGGUCUGGGGGCGGAGGCGGGGGCUUCGGCUCCAGGCGAUAUUAACCUGCGCGCUCGUCUCUGAUCCACAGUUAGAUGGAGAUGAGGACAGAUGGGUGCAGUGGGAAGGAAAGGACAGAUUACUCAGAGAGAGUGGGAGGGGCCAAGAUCUGCCAGUUGUAGCCGUGACUGCAGCGCAUUAGCUGUGAGAGAGCGUAGACAGACUCUCUAGUGUUUGUGUGUUAGUGGAUGUACAUUCCCUUCAUAUUCAUUCAUGCUCGAUUUUAUUCGUUCCGAUUCAUUUUUUUGUGCUUACCCCCUCUUGUGACUCUGUGAGCGAGUAUUUCAAGAUAUAAUGUUAUGGAACGCUGUUGCCAGAGACGUCUUACAUGAUUGGUUAUGCGCUAUUUUGUGGCCUCGAGUACACGAUUUGGAGAAAUGUCAUGUAGUGUCACUUGUAUUUUUCUAUUGUGAGUACAUGUGUUGUUUAAAAAAACAUGAUAAAACAUUGAGAGUAGACUCUAUAGAGGGCAUGUACCACGGUAAACAUGUAAAGAUAGACGUCUAGAUUGUUGAAGUAUUUUGACAAAUAAAAAGCAAACCAGUUGAAAUAAAGUCCGUCAUUGAGUCUGAAGAGAGUGCAGCUGCUGUUGUGUAUGAGAUUAAGUUAUGGGACCGGCCCAUGUGGACCAAACAAACGUGUCCGACAGACCGUGGACCGCAAACAGGUGAGAGGUUGUUUCAGAGAAAGGAGUUUACCUCGAGAGCUAGCGUCUGUCUUCAUGAGCGAGCGAAGGAAGGCUAGCGGUGAGAGCGAUGAGGGUUUGAGACAGACAGAAGAACAGAAGCAGGUAAGAGUAACUCUUCUGCUUAAUUUACAGAUUUCAAAAGAAGCUCCUGAUCUACAGUAAGUGGCUGAAAAGCUUUUAUGAUGUGUUUUCAGCGGCGGUUCUGGGUGGGUAAGAUUAACAAAUGCUAAAUAUAUGGAUUUGUCAAAGUAUCCUCCCUUAUUCUCAUUGGAAGUCAGAAAGGCGGGAAUCUAUUCAACUCGAAUGCGACCUGUGGUCCCCAUAAAUGAAAUAAUGGAAAUAAAUCACAUAUAACUAUACAGAAUAUAAUGGGAAAUCUGGCAGAAAAAAACACAUCGUUUUAAAAUAGUUGCAAAUCUUUUAUUUAAUUGGAUUUUAAGAAAAAACAUUUUUGCUGAAUCUCUCAUUUAUUUUACAUUUUUGGAAUGGUAAAACCUUCCAACGUUUGCUAUUCAUAUCAUUAAUUAAAACUUCAGAAAGCUCUUAAAAUACUUGUAAUGGGAGGAUAUUUUUCAUUCGGGUAAAAAUACAAUCCAUACAUACUCAAUCGGUAACUUUAUAAGAUCUUUAAAGGGAUGCAAACAUUUUUAUUCUUUCAUCUUUUAAUCACCACGUCAUUUCAAACUGCACAACACAAAAGAUAUUUUGAAGAAUUUUGGUAACUAAAAAACAUUGUACCCAAUUGGCUUCCAUUGUAUGAACACAAAACCACUGAGACAUUUCUCGCAAUAUCUUCUUUUGUGUUCUGCAGUAGAAAGAGUCACACACAGGUUUAAAGCAUAUGAGGGUAAAUAAAUAAUGACAGUUUUAAUUUUGAUGUGUUGAUCAACGCACCGUUUCUCUCUCAGAACCCAUUGCUAUUGUAGUUGAAAAUGAAUGUGUGUGAAUGCACUGCCAAAUCUUGCUCUUUUUAAUAAAAGUCUUUUAAACCCC